CAAAUGCAUGACUUCAUAUAUAUAGUUCAUUCACUGUGCUCCUCUAUUAAGUAACUAAUGAGUUGUUUUCUCUAGUUAUUAAUUGCUCAAGGAAAGAUUUGAUGAAAAUCAUAAGAGAUGAUAAAAGAUACAAGAGAAAAGGAAUCCCUACAUAAACAACAUGGGGAUACAAAUGAAGCCAAAAAAACAUGCACAAGACUAUGGCCCCCUACACUUGGAAAUCCAAGGGUAGUGAGAGUCUCCCAAACAUUUGGAGGAAAAGAUAGACAUAGUAAAGUGAGCACCAUAAGAGGAUUGAGAGAUAGAAGAGUGAGGCUGUCAGUCCCCACCGCAAUUAAAUUAUAUGAUCUCCAAGACAAGCUUGGCCUUAAUCAACCAAGUAAAGUUGUAGAUUGGUUGCUUAAUGUUUCUCAAAACGAAAUAGAGAAACUCCCUCCACUCCCAUUCAUUCCAGGAAAUUUAAUUCGGUUUCCACAAUCUUUGGCUUCUUCUUCUUCUUCAGCUAUUAAUGAUGAUAUUACUGAAAAUGUUAAUAAUUAUGAUCAUAGAGCUCCAAAAUUCAAUGUUUUUAGCAACAAUGCUGUUGUUGACCAGAAUGUAACAGCACAAUUUCAGAAAUCAUCAGCACAUUUGAAUAAUUCUGAUAUCUUUUUGAAAAAUAGAUCACUCAGAGAUAUCACAAUGGAAUCAGAGAUUGAUCAGAAAGGGGGUGUUGGAAAAUAUGAUCAGCUUGAUGAAAUAGAUAGUACGACUAUGGCAUACUCUUUUUUUCAGCAAUUUGAGUCAAAUGUGCCUCAAGCAGAAGUUACUCAAGGUUUUCUAUUUGCUUCAUCAGGAUCUCCUUCACUGAUCUCUUUAAUGCCAGCAGGUUCUCAGGCUUUGGUACCAUCAGUAUUCUCUUUAUAUGAAAAUAAUCACUGCAAUUUUCAAAUGCCUACCACUUUUGCACAACUUCUACCAUUAAAUUCUUCAAGAACAUCUCUUCAUGCAGAUAGAGAACAUGAGAGGAAGCAGUAGACAUUCAGGCUCCAACUCCACAGACCUCACUUUAUGAAAACUUUCGAAAUGGAUGCUCCGAUAUGGAUUCAAGGAGAAGCUCUCUUAGGUGAGCAAAA